UGAGAUUUGGACUUCGCUGCGGUAACAUCUCCUCCACUCCCUUCCUUCCUCCUGUUUUGCAGUCGAGGAAUGCCCUGUCGUUCAUGAUUCCGUCUCCCCACGUCCCAAUAUGGGGACGCGGACCAGUGGGUCCCGUCUAAGAUGCAGAAGACCCCAUCACUGCUCGUGCUCGUGCUGAUGGUCACCCUCGUGCCUACUUUCGCCUCUUUGCCUUCUACCAUCAAAAUUGGAGCGAUAUUUAGCGAGGAUGAGAAGGGAUCCCCAGCGGAGCUGGCCUUCCGGUAUGCCGUCUUCCAGCUCAAUCGGAAUCGGACCCUUCUCACAGACAGCACAAUCAUGUAUGACCUCAAAUACGUCGCCCUCGACGACUCCUUCCAGCUCUCCAGGAGAGCCUGUGAUCAGGUGGAAUUUGGAGCAUCGGCGUUCAUCGGCCCAACGGAUCCAUUUCUGGGCUCCCAUUUGGGAUCAGUGAGUAGCAGCCUAGGGAUCCCAUUGAUGGAGGCCCGCGUGGACACAGAACCAAAGUCCCCGAUGAACAGCAGUUCGAAGAGGCCCUCCCUCGCAGUGAACCUCUUCCCGACCAACCAUCUCCUGGCCAAGUCCAUCCUCGACCUCAUUCAGUUCCUCAAUUGGACCCGCGUCGCUGUCAUCUACGAUGACGACUUCGAUCUGAUCAAGCUGCAGGGUCUGAUUCAGGGUGGGUGGAAAUGGUCUCGGCGGCACCCUGAAAUCACCCUGAGCAGGGGUGAGCCACCCUUCUAUCGGAACGCGCUCAGAGACAUCAAGGAAGAGGAAAUCUUCAACAUCGUCGUGGAUACCAGUCCCCUGCACAUCUCCACCUUCCUUCGCGGAUUACUCCAAUUGCAGAUGAAUGAUGACCGGUACCACUACAUCUUCACCUCCUUCGACCUGGAGACGGUGGACCUCGAGGAUAUGACACAUAACGGGGUGAACAUCACCGCCUUCCGGCUUGUGGACAGCGGGAAUCCCCGAGUCAAAUCUAUACUGAACGACAUGGAACGAUUUCAACCUGUUGGACAUUCCCUGCUGAACCGGUCUGGAGUUCUUCAGGCCCAAGCAGCUCUGCUAUACGACAGCGUGGAGGCAUUGGCCCGAGGCCUUCGCAAGUUCUCGGAGGCGUCGGUGCUGAAUCGGCCAUCGAUCUCCUGUCGCGAUCGGAAUCCUCCGACUUGGUCCCUCGGUUCCGAAGUCUUCCAAAGCAUCAACCAGAUCGAGUUUGACGGCUUGACGGGUCCGGUGAAGUUCAAAGACGGCCAGAGAUCAACGCUCAAGUUGGAUAUCCUCAAACUGAGACCGGAGGGACUGGUCAAGGUCGGAGAAUGGAGACAUGACAAGGGAAUCAACGUCUCCACCGAAUUUGCCUUUUAUCACGGCCGAGCGCCCAAUGUCACGCUCCGAGUCACCACCAUGCUCGAAGUGCCAUACGUGAUGCUGAAAGAGGACUCGAAUGCAACCGGCAACGACCAGUAUCAGGGUUUCUGCAUAGAUCUCCUCAAGCACAUUGCUCAGAUGCUUCGGUUCAAUUACAUCAUCACCCCGGUGAAAGACCGCAAGUAUGGGGUCUACGACCCAGAAAACAAAACUUGGGAUGGCAUGGUUCAGGAGCUCAUCGUUGGCGAGGCUGACCUGGCGGUUGCUGCCAUGACCAUCAACUACGCCAGGGAGAGUGUCAUCGACUUCACGAAGCCCUUCAUGAAUCUCGGAAUUGCCAUUCUCUUCAAGAUUCCCACACAGUUGCCGACGAGCCAGCCCACGCGAUUGUUCUCGUUCAUGAACCCGCUGGCCAUCGAGAUCUGGCUCUACAUCAUGGCCGCCUACAUCUUGGUGAGCUUCGCCAUGUUCGUCAUGGCCAGGUUUUCUCCUUACGAGUGGAACAAUCCCCAUCCGUGCAACACGGAGUCGGACGUUGUGGAGAACCAGUUCUCCAUUUCCAACUCCUUCUGGUUCAUUACCGGCACCUUGCUCAAACAGACCUCUGGGCUUUCUCCAAAGGUGAGCGAGCUUCAGUUCCCAAUUUUUCUCUCAAGACAUUCGAUUGAUUUGCAGGCCGCAUCUACUAGACUCGUCGGUGCGAUCUGGUGGUUUUUCACCCUCAUCAUAAUCUCAUCGUAUACGGCGAACUUGGCAGCAUUCCUUACCGUCGAUCGGAUGAUCACUCCGAUCGAAGAUGCAGAAGAUUUGGCAGAACAAGAUGACAUCGCCUAUGGCACUCUGAAGGGAGGCUCCACUGAGACCUUCUUCAGGGUCGACAGUCCUUGGCGAGACAAAAUAUCGUUGGCCAUCCUGGAGCUGCAGGAGAAAGGGGUGCUUCAGAUGCUUUUCACCAAAUGGUGGAAGAACACGGGCGACACGUGCAACCGGGACGACAAGAGCAAGGACAACAAAGCAAACGCUCUGGGCCGCUCCAACAUUGGCGGCGUCUUCGUCGUCCUCAUCACCGGACUCACUUUCUCCAUCAUUGUCGCCAUGUUGGAGUUCUGCUGGGUUACUCGACGGAACGCCAACAGUUCCAAGCAACCUAUGUGCCGAGAGAUGAAGGAGGAGCUAAAGAUGGUGCUACGUUGUUCGGGGUCUCGACCCAGGCCGAAUGCCAUCAAGAGAUCCUGUUCCCGCUGCAUGCCUUCUUCCACUUAUGUCCCCUCUGCCGGAGAUCCUCACCAAGUUGGAUGGAGUGGCUGUGAUGGUGGAAGAAAGAAGAAUGAAUUAGGUGCAACUAAGAUCCUCCUGGUUGCCUACGGUCGAUCUGGAUCUUCUCUCUUGGGAGACCUUCUCUCUGCAAUGCCUCCAUCCAGGUACUUCUACGAGCCGUUGUACCUGAUCAAGGACGGGGAAUCCAACGGGACGUACGAGUACAGCAAGAGAGCAGUGGAUAUAUUGGACGGUCUCUUCCGUUGCGACCUCACCGCAGCGAAUCGAGAGGCGGAGAGAGGGGAUAUUUUUCGAGGUUGGAGAGACCAUCGAGGAUUCCUGGAACCGUGUCGACCCGGAGUGGAUCGCAUCAUCCAGAAGGUCAUUCGUCUUCCCAUCACUUCCGAGAUCAUGCGCUGGCUUCAGCAGACUCAAGACAUCGCGGUUAUCCAUCUCGUGAGAGAUCCUCGCGGAAUAAUUAAUUCCGCAAGUCACUUGAUAGGAUUUUCGGACGACCCAUGGGAACUCUGCAACCGAAUGUGGAUCGACUUGAUGGCCAUCGAUUCCCUUCCCGAGCACAGGAGGAGUCGAGUUCAUUACGAGGAUUUGGUUCGUGACCCGCUGGAAACGAUGAGGAAACUUUACGACUUCCUUGGGAUUCCUUUCACCCAUGAAGUAGAGGACGAUAUCUUGGGCCAUUUCGGCCUGGGAAGAGAGAAGAAAGACUCUAAAGUGGCACCAAUCACUACCUAUCGAAACCUGUCGGACUUUGAUCCCAAUCAGUGGAGGAUCAGCUUGAAAUCCAGUCGAAUCUUUCAGAUCGAGGAUAGGUGCCAAUAUCUUAUGCAUGUCCUCGACUACCCUCUCGAGGAUUCGAGUUCUUGAUGCAGAUUAAUGACGAGAAUGCAAAAAAGUAACAUCGCAUUCUUUAGGCAAUACCAAGAGAGGAAUUUAUUGGUCCUUUCCCGUGAAGCAUCCCGUGGGAAAAGAUAAUGAUAAGAUCUAAAAGUCCUGCUCCGCUCAAGCAUCUUCCAUGUACUUCUAGGCGUU